AUGGCACUUUCGUUAUAUAUUGCUGCCUCAGGCAAACAAGGUCGAACUCCGCAUUUGGCAACCGUUCACUCCCAGGUUUUCUCGUUCUGUGCUCAACUGCUAAUACUUGUAAGAGGCUCUGUUCCUAAAAUUUGCCAAGAAUCUAUCGGUGUAGUAGGGUGGGAUCCACCACAGCUUCGUGACCCCUACCCACGCCCAAUCUAUACCGCAGAUCAUUUGUGCGCGUCAUCGACCCUGGAUCCACGACCAAGUUUCAACUCAAAGCAGCCCUGGCUUCAGAAUGUUACUUUUGCUUUACACGAGCUGUCAUUCUUUCAUCUGAGAACCAAGGUUUACUCCUCGCACCCGAUUCCGAUCAUUGCUCCCUCGUGA